CUUUGACGCUGCGUUGAUAAUGUCAGCUGAUCCUUCUUCAGGUUUUCUGCUCCGUAUCCGUGUAAAAACACCGAAAGCGUGAAUCAGCUGCUGCAUGUACAACCUUUACAGCACACGCCUCUGAUCUGCGCAUCACGGAUGGAUGGAAAUUAACCUGCGCAGCUCUGGUUUAUUUUAAUUGUGAUCUCUGCAAAUCACGCGUGUAUAUGUACACCUCAUCCGUGCACACGACACGGAUUAUUCUGCGGUGUUUCGGAGGUGAUCUGUAACACUACAGUGAUAUUUGAAGGGAAACCGAUGCAUCCAGGAAGCGUCUGAUUUUCACGCGCAUCCUGCUUUAUAUGGUAAAUCAUGUACACUCCGGCAGCCGAAACGGGAGUGACGGUAGUGGAGAAGGAUGCGGCUCUGAGCAGUGCGUACUCCCCUGUGGACUACAUGAGCAUCACCAGCUUCCCUAGACUACCAGAAGAUGAUGUUUCAACCGACAACACGCUCAAAUCACGCAAAGACGAUGAUAACUUUCUCAGUGAGCAGGACACAGACCCUGAUCUGUUUCUGAAGUCGGCCCGACUGCAGCGGCUGCCCUCCUCUGCCUCUGACUUGGCCAGUCGGGAUGUCUCUCCACUGAGAGAGACCAGCAGAGACCCGCUGGCACAGGAUUGUGCCUGCACACGUGACGGGCUGACCGUCAUCAUCACCGCCUGCCUGACCUUCGCCACGGGCGUCACCGUGGCCCUCAUAAUGCAGAUAUACUUUGGAGACCCACAGGUGUAUAAUCAAGCCGCGGUGGUGACGGAUGUGGCCCGCUGCACGUCUCUGGGCUUUGACGUUCUGGGCAAACAGGGCUCCAGUGUUGAUGCCGCCAUAGCCGCUUCACUCUGCCUGGGCAUCAUCCAUCCUCACACCUCGGGCAUCGGCGGUGGUGGCGUGAUGCUCGUCCAUGACAUCCGCAGGAAUGAGAGCCGGGUCAUUGACUUCCGUGAGACGGCACCCUCCGGGAUUCACGAGGACAUGAUGCUGCAUGUUAAUCAAAGGUCAGGUCUGUUAGUGGCUGUUCCCGGCAUGAUCAGUGGACUACAUCAAGCUCAUCAGCUCUAUGGAAGAAUGGCCUGGAAAGACGUCGUCACUAUGGCCGCAGAUGUGGCGAGGAAUGGAUUCAAUAUGACGCACGAGCUGGCUGAUGCGCUGUCUGAAGUGAAGGAGCAGAAUGUGUCGGAUGCAUUCAGAGAUCUGUUCCUGCCGAACAGUCAGGCUCCACUCGCGGGACUCUUCACUAAACGCCUGGAUUUGGCUGCCGUUUUGGACAGGAUUGCAGCCAAUGGAGUCUCAGAGUUUUACAGUGGGAAUCUGACUCAGGAAAUGACAUCAGUGGUUCAAGCUAAAAGAGGUGUGUUGACAGAGGACGACUUCAAAAACUACACCACUGUCAUACAGAAGCCACUGCAAAGCCUUUACCAGGGCUUCCAGGUGUUUGUUCCUCCUCCGCCCCACGCGGGAGCCGCCCUGCUGUCCGCUCUCAACAUCCUGGAGGGGUUUAACAUCACAAACCAGGUGUCCAGGAGCAGCAUUUACCACUGGAUCGCUGAGUCUCUGAAGAUUGCUUUGUCUCAAGCCAGUGGAUUGGGAGACUCCAUGUUCGAUUCAUCGGUUUCUGAGUUGGUGACGCAGAUGCUCAGUAAAGACCUGGCUGCUGAGCUCAGGCAGAAGAUCAAUGAUUCACAGGCGUCAGCGGCCGUGCACUACACGCCGUCAUACGAGCUGCAGGAGGGCGCUGUGGCCAGCCAGCUCAUGAUCAUGGGCACCGAUGACUUGAUCGUGUCUGUUAUGAGCUCUCUAAACCGGCCGUUUGGGAGUCGCAUUGUCACGCCCUCUGGGAUUCUCCUGAACAGUCAGAUGCUGGACUUCUCUUGGCCCAACAAAACCCACAGUGCUGCAGCUUACAAUCAGCGUAAUAGCAUUGAGCCGGGCAAGAGGCCGGCCUCGUUCCUGACGCCGAUCGCGGUGAGGCCGUCCAUCGGUCUGUGUGGCACAUACGUGGCGCUGGGCUCCUCUAACGGCGAGCGGGCGCUGAGCGGCAUCACGCAGGUUUUGAUCAAUGUUUUGUCAUCACGUAAUAACAUGAGUGACAGCGUGUCCUACGGCAGACUGCAUCCUCUCAUCCAAAACAACACCCUGCUGGUGGACUCUAAAUUUGCAGAGGCGGAUGUGAAGUCUCUGAUGCUGAAGGGUCAUGAUGUGCGUAAGGUGGACAUCAUCUCACUGGUAGAAGGGACCCGGAGGACCAAUGACCUGAUCAUCGGUGUGAAGGACCCGCGCAGCACUGACGCCUCGGCGCUGUCCAUGUCCAUGCCCUAGAUUCACACACACUCUGUGCUACUCUGUAAUAUUUGUGCACUAAAUUGGGACGUUAUGAGGUUAACAAGUUUUAAAGACAGAGUUGAUAACUAAAAUUGAUGCACAGUGUCUGGUAAAUGGAAAUGAGUCGCUCCCUGCUACCCUGCCACAAAAACAGCAACAUGCACACACAUGAUGAUGACAAAUUGUAAAAGACAGUUAGCGGUGUUUUUAUUUAUUUUUUUUAUUUACCUCAAGAUUUCAAGAGUUUCAUGAGACUGGUAAUACACACUUGACUAGACAAGUUAAAGGAAUAGUUCACCCAAAAAUAAAAAUGUUCUGAAAAGUUACUCCCCCUCCGCUCAUCCAAGAUGUAUGCAUUGCAUCAAUUGCUCACCAAUGGAUGCUCUGCAGUGAAUGGGUGCCGUCAGAAUGAGAGUCCAAACAGCUGAUUAAAACAUCACAAUAAUCCACAAGUAAUCCACCAGUUUUGUGAUGGAUGAUGUUUUGUAAUGCUAAAUUUCUCCCAAUCUGUUCUGAGGAAGAAACAAACAUUUUCUACCUCUUGGAUGAUCUGAGGGUGAGUACGGUUUCAGGAAAGGUUUAUUUUAACACAUACAGUAUGUGUCAAAACAUUUGGACGUACCUACUCUUUAUUUAUUGAUAUUUUCCACAUUGUGGAAUUAUAGUAAAGCAAUUAAAACUGAAAUAACAAAAGAAAGUGUGUGAAAUAUGUAGUGACCAGAAAAUGUAAAAAAAAUAAUAAAAUAAAAUCACAUAUUUAGCUUAUUCAGUCGCCAGCCUUCAUCUAAAGUCCAGCUGAGCACACUUCUCUCAAAAAAAUUAAAACUCAUGUGGCAUCUUGGGAUGCUUAAGUAAAAUAAACAGUAUUGAAGGUGUUUCAUGUCUGCUGGCUGCUUUUCCUUCACUCAUAAGAUCAUAAGGAACAAAUUCAGUCAAGUGUGUCCACACCUUUAACCAGCAAUGUAUAUUUUAGUAUCUAGUCUUUUUAUUAUAAUUGGUAUUUCCUUCAGGGUUGUGUAGGAUUAUGCCUUAUGCGAAUUAGAGGUAGAUAAAGGCUAAUGAGAGGAUUUAUUUUCAUAUCUUGCAAGUCUUCAUGAAGAAGUAUCUUCACAAAUGUGAGUAAAUGUUACUUGAAGUGAAAGUUACAUGAAUAAAUGCUCCCGUUUACGAAUGAAGGAUUGUACAUAUUAUAUAAUGAUUAUUGAGGGUUGGGUGGUAACGAAAUGUCUUAUUUUAUUAGCCGAAAAUGAAUGAAGCUGAGAGAAUGCCAGUUGUAAAAUAGUAAUAUAAAAACAGUAAUAUGCUUUCAGAUGCAGUUUAAUAUAUGCCAUGAUUAUUUCCUUUUACAGUUUUAUUUUGGAUUGUGGUUGUCAGUUUGUUGAUGUAUGUAAUUGCAAUGCAUUUUCUCUUCAGUGUGGAAACAGUAAAAUAAGUUUUAGUUUACGCACAUAUUUCUGAGACGAUCAGUUGAUUAUAUAAGUGAAGUGAGCUUCCUGUUCGUGGGCACAUUUGGUAUUUUCUGCCACAAUUGAAUAUUAUUGCACUGUAACAGCAUCACUGUUGUGUUUAGUAGCUUUACAAGGACAGUGAUUGCGGUGGAGAAUAAAUAUAGUGUAGUCACA